UCUCCCCGAGGUGCCAGACAACAGGCAUGAUGAAGAUAGCUGCUGCAACUAUAUUAUAUGUGAUAGCAGGUGUUGCAUCAGGGGCAUCCAGUGCCAGCCCAGUGUUGUCUACAGUGUCUGACACAGCCAGGUUCAGCUGGGAGAUUCCACAGGGAGGUCUGGGGACAGAUGUCAGCUUCUACACUCUCAGUCCUGCUGGUACAGCCGUGUUUGUAGUGACAGCUGCUGGGGCAUCUCUUGUAUUUGGCAACUACGCAGGUAGGCUGGUGUACCAGGGGAACAUAGCAGCCAGGAAUGUCACCUUCACCCUCAGCAACAUCCAGACAUCUGAUGCAGGGACAUACACGUGUGGGAAUGGAGGGGCUACUAGUGUGAUACAGAACUGUGGACAGAAACUUGUUGUCCUGGGCAAACCCACCACUCCUGGCCGUCCAGUGUCCACAACUCCUGUCUACAACCAGCAAGUGACCUUGACCUGUAGCUCCACCUCUACCACUGUCCCGUCAGACCAUGGCCUGACCUUGACCUACACCUGGCAGCGUGACAACACUAACAUCACAGUUACCUCCCCUGGUUCCUCCUACACCUACACAGUGAGUUCCCGGGACAGUCACAGCUACAGAUGUAGAGCCAGAGAAAGUCAGGGUCUGGAGUCAGAGUGGAGCCAGGGGUACAACAUGGAGCCUCAGUAUGGCCCCUAUGCUGUGACCCUACAACCCUCCACUCUGUCCUACACCAGGAGGGAAGGUCAAGAGAGUGUACCAAGUAUCCUGUGUUCAGCCACCUGCAGACCUGCGUGUACAUCAUACAAGUGGUUCAAGGGCGGAACAGUCCACAGUGAUGGAGCUACACUGACUCUCCCGGUGGCUGACAGGUCACAGACAGGAUCCUACAAGUGCCAGGCUUCCAAUACACACGGGACUAAUGACAGCUCAAGUGUCUCCGUGGAUAUUACACAUCGGGCGAGUAUAAGUAUGUUGACCGCCAACAGUCGUAAUGGUUCAGUAACAGUUAAUGAGUCUGAUGUGGUGAUCUUGAGGUGUCAGUUGGAUAAUGCUGGUAAACCAAGGUCAGUCAUCAGGUUACUGAAUGGAACGGAGGAGUUGACAAAGGCGGAUAACUCCCUGACAGCAGAAUACAGACUGGAGUCAGCAGAAUGUAGACAAAGAGGGAACUACUCCUGUACUGUCAGUAACAACAUCGGGACACCUGUCAGCCAGUGGGUGGAGUUGCGAGUCAAAUGUUCUCCUCGACUUGCUGUGACAGUCCCAACUCAACUCAAGUACGCCGCUACACUGGGGGGUAACGUGAACGUGUCUGUGUCAGUCCUGGCCUACCCCUUCCCCACAUUCACCUGGAGUAGAACCAACUGCACCAGCCAGGACCUCAUUGGUUCCUCCAGCCCUGUCUCCGACAUCUCAGUCACUGCCAGACUACACCUUACUGACCUCCAACAACAGGACGUCGGGGACUACAGUCUUACAGUGGGCAAUGGUGUCGGCAGUUCAGUGACAUACACUCUCACAAUAGUGGCUGUAGAUCCACCAGACCAGCGAAAACUUGAAACUCCUUGUUUGUAUUCAGGGGUAAUAGUAGGAUCCACAGUAGGAGGCAUUCUUCUUACGUUGCUCAUUGUGGGAAGUGUUCACAUGGUUCUGUACAGAAAGGGAUACAAGUUCGGACAUAUUCCAGAAGAAACUGCAUCACGAAAAAGCACCAGGAAUUCCGAAACUGUAGAAAUGGAUAACAGAGGGUAUUCAUCAUUAGAUCAGAUAAAUGGCCCAGUCCAGUAUUCAAAUUUGGAGGAAUCAGAAAAACAACAGUAUUCACAGUUGAAGAUUUAUGAGAAUACAAAAGCGGAUGCUGCAGCAGAUACAAGUACCUAUGAGGGCACAGUAGAUACUCCCCCUGUCACCUAUGAGUCGGUCAGAGUAUCACCAUACCAGAACACUGAGGCACAUUCUCAAGGUAACCAACACAUGAAACACUCUUACAAUUCGUUAUAUUUCAGAAAUGAGUCGACAAUGACUGGUAAAAUCAUUGAAUAUUACAAGGGAGCCAGGACAAUUUACGUUUGGGGAAUAUUAUUAAAUGGUGUAGCCUCCCAGCUGUCCUCCAGCCCUGUGGUAGUGAGGGAGUCUCAGACUGCAAGCUUCAGGUGGCAGGUGCCGGCUGUAACAGGUGGUUCCGUCCCCGUUGCCCUAUAUGUCAUCAGUCCAUCUGGAGCUCAGGUACUGUUGGUCAAUACAAAUACCAAUAACCACCUGACAUUAGGGAACUACACAGCUCGUGUCACCUACACCGGGGAUCUAGCUUCUGACCCCAAGGUCAUGACCUUCGACCUGCGCAGUGUCGUCAGAUCUGAUGCUGGGGACUUCAUCUGUGGGAGUAAUGGAAUAGCUGACAUCAUACCUCAGUGUGGACAGAAGCUGGUUGUUCCUGGCCAACCCACCAAACCAACACUCAUUGGACAAUCAGCGCCUUUGUUUGAAAGACAGUUCACCUUGACCUGCAGCUCCACCUCCACCACUGUCCCAGCUGACCAUGGCCUGACCUUGACCAACACCUGGCGGCGUGACAACGCUGACAUCACAGUUACCUCCCCUGGUUCUCCCUACACCUUCACAGUGAGUUCCCGGGACAGUCACAGCUACAGAUGUAAGGCAACAGAAGGCCAGGGUCUGGAGUCAGAGUGGAGCCAGCUGUACAACAUGGAGCCACAGUAUGGUCCCUAUGCUGUGACCCUACAACCCACCAGUCUGUCCUACACCAGGAGGGAAGGUCAAGAGAGUGUACCAAGUAUCCUGUGUUCAGCCACCUGCAGACCUGCGUGUACAUACAAGUGGUUCAAGGAUGGGACAGUCCACAGUGAUGGAGCUACACUGACUCUCCCGGUGGCUGACAGGUCACAGACAGGAUCCUACAAGUGCCAGGCUUCCAAUACACACGGGACUAAUGACAGCUCAAGUGUCUCAGUGGAUGUUACACAUCAGGCGAGUAUAAGUAUGUUGACCGCCAACAGUCGUAAUGGUUCAGUAACUGUUAAUGAGUCUGAUGUGGUGAUCUUGAGAUGUCAGUUGGAUAAUGCUGGUAAACCAAGGUCAGUCAUCAGGUUAUUGAAUGGAACUGAGGAGUUGACAAGGGCGGAUAACUCACUGACAGCAGAAUACAGACUGGAGUCAGCAGACUGUAGACAAAGAGGGAACUACUCCUGUACUGCCACUAACAACAUCGGGGAACCUGUCAGCCAGAGGGUGGAGUUGCGAGUCAAAUGUUCUCCUCGACUUGCUGUGACAGUCCCAACUCAACUCAAGUACGCCGCUACACUGGGUGGAAACGUGAACGUGUCUGUGUCAGUCCUGGCCUACCCCCUUCCUACAUUCACCUGGAGUAGAACCAACUGCACCAGCCAGGACCUCAUUGGUUCCUCCAGCCCUGUCUCUGACAUCUCAGUCACUGCCAGACUACAACUUACUAACAUCCAACAGCAGGACUUCGGGGACUACAGACUUACAGUGGACAAUGGUGUAGGCGGUUCAGUGACAUACACACUCACAAUAGUGUCUGUAGAUCCACUGGACCAGCAAAAACUUGAAACUCCAUGUUCGUGUACAGUGGUAAUAGUAGGAUCCACAGUAGGAGGCAUUCUUCUUACCUUGCUCAUUGGGGGAAGUGUUCACAUGGUUCUGUACAGAAAGGGAUACAAGUUCGUAAAUAUUCCAGAAGAAAUUGCAUCACGAAAAAGAAUUAGGAAUCCUGAAACUGUAGAAGUGGACAACAGAGGGUAUUCAUCAUUAGAUCAGAUAAAUGGUCCAGCUCAGUAUUCAAAUUUGGAGGAAUCAGAAAAACAACAGUAUUCACAGUUGAAGAUUUAUGAUAAUACAAACGCGGAUGCUGCAGCAGAUACAAGUACCUAUGAAGGCAUGACAGAUACUCCCCCUGUGACCUAUGAGUCGGUCAGAGUAUCACCAUACCAGAACACUGGGGCACAUUCUCAAGGUCCUGAUCAUGGCACUAAGUAACGAAGAAGGAAGACUUCAUGAUAUCAGAUCCAACAACAGACCAAGGAACGCGUGCAGCAUAUGAGAUUCCUUUUCUUUGAGUCAAAACAUCGUUAGACCCGUGAAAACCGGGUUAGAAUAGGUCUUCAGCAACCCAUGCCGGCCGUAAAAUGUGACUACACUUGUAGUAAGAAGCGGAUAACCGGAUCGGGUGGUCAUGCUCGUUGAGUUGGUUGGAUCAGUGCUCAUGAUAUCAUCACUGGAUUGUCUGGCCCAAUCUCGAUGUUUUACAGACCGUCGUUAUAUAACUUGAAUAUUGCUGAGUGUGGCGUUAAACGGCGAUCCAACAACAAAACAUGGUUAUAUGUUUUUAUGUUUGCUCGAUAAAGGCACAGUUACAGAAA